GCACCUUCCAAUAUUACAGUGAUGGCAAGCGCAGAUGAAAUUUCUGCUCUCAAAACCAUAAAACUGCAUCUUCUGGGAGAACUCUCUCCCCUUUCACUCACCCAAAGCAACGACAACUCUUCCGACUCAUCCCUAACGCUGGAUCAAAUCUUCCUUAACUUCCCAACCACUUCCACACAAAACCACUUUCCCCUAUGCCAAACCCAAACCCAAACAUCGCCGUUGGAAUUCACGUUUCCGACAACUCACGACGCCAAGAAACCUCAAGCGAGCCGAAAGCCCUCGCUGCAAAUCUCUCUCCCGAGGAAGACCGAGUGGAUCCAAUUCGGGGAGGCCGAGGUUGCGGAAAAGGUGGAAGAGAAGAAGCACUACAGAGGAGUGCGGCAGCGGCCGUGGGGGAAGUACGCGGCGGAGAUCCGGGACCCCAACAAGCGCGGCUCCAGGGUGUGGCUCGGGACCUUCGAAACGGCCAUCGAAGCCGCCAAAGCCUACGACCGAGCCGCCUUCAAGCUUCGCGGCUCCAAAGCCAUCCUCAACUUCCCCCUCGAAGCCGGCGCCCAUGACCGGAAACGCCCUCGGGAAGAGGAGGAGAAGGCGGUGGAAGUCGUCAAGAGGGAAAAGAUAGAGGAAUCUGACGUUAGCCGUAUUAAGGAUACUCCGUUAACGCCGUCUUCCUGGUUAGGGCUCUGGGCCACUGAUGUAAACGGAAUCUUCAACGUCCCCCCCUUGUCGCCGUUAUCUCCUCACCCGCCCUUGGGUUAUCCACAGCUUAUGGUUGUGUGAAAUUAUCAAAUCACUUUUCUUUUUUUAUUUUCCUCCAAGAUCGAUAUUAUUUAUUCAUUUAAGUCCAACUUCUUUUAGCUACAUAUGCCAAGAAAAAUGUUACGGAAUUCUCUCAGUUUUUUUCUACCCUACAAAAUUGAAUUGUAUGUCACGUUCAACCAACCAACUGUCUCCGUUCAUAUUCCCUUGUAUAUCUUCAAAGUAAACUAUAAUUAAUGUUGAAGCAACAUUAGUAGCA